GAGGCGCCCGCCCACCCAGUUGCUUUCUUCCUCAUUCACUCAUCACUCCUCCCCCAUGGCCAUCUCCAUCCAUCCCCACCCACCACCAUCCCCAACAGAUUAGCUGCAGACCGCCGAUGCCGACGCCUCCUCCCUCCCCGCUUCGCCUUCUCUAACAACCAAAACUCAACCACCGUGUCCAUGGCCGCCUCCUUCCUCCUCCUCCUGCUGCUGCCGCUCCCGGCGCAGGCCUUGAGCCAGGACGGCCUCCACCUGCUCGACGCCAAGCGCGCGCUCACCGUCCCCGCGCCCGCGCUCGCCGACUGGAACCCGCGCGACGCCACGCCCUGCAACUGGACCGGCGUCGCCUGCCACGACAGCGACGGCGCCGUCACCGUCAUCUCCCUCCCCAGCCUCAACCUCGCCGGCUCCUUCCCCGCCGCGCUCUGCCGCAUCCCGCGCCUGCGCUCCGUCGACCUCUCCGACAACUACAUCGGCCCCGACCUCGACGUCGCCCGCUGCGCCGCCCUCCAGCGCCUCGACCUCUCCAUGAACGCGCUCGUCGGCCCGCUCCCCGACGCCCUCGUCGACCUCCCGGACCUCCUCUACCUCAACCUCCAGAGCAACAACUUCUCCGGCCCCAUCCCGGAGUCCUUCGCCCGCUUCCCCAAGCUCCAGUCGCUCUCCCUCGUCUACAACCUGCUCGGCGGCCAGGUCCCGCCCUUCCUGGGCCGCGUCGCCACGCUCCGGGAGCUCAACCUCUCCUACAACCCCUUCGCGCCGGGCCCCGUCCCGCCCCAGCUCGCCGACCUCUCCGCGCUGCGGGUGCUCUGGCUCGCCGGCUGCAACCUCGUCGGCCCCAUCCCGCCCUCCCUCGGCCGCCUCACCAACCUCACCGACCUCGACCUCUCCACCAACGCGCUCACCGGCCCCAUACCGCCGGAGAUUGCAGGCCUCACCAGCGCCGUCCAGAUCGAGCUCUACAACAACUCCCUCACCGGGCCCAUCCCCACGGGCUUCGGCAACCUCCGCCACCUCAGGGCCAUCGAUUUCGCCAUGAACCGCCUCCACGGCGCCAUCCCGGAGGACCUCUUCCACGCGCCCAGCCUCGAGACCCUGCACCUCUACGCCAACGUGCUCACGGGGCCCGUGCCGGAGUCCAUCGCCAGGGCGCCGUCGCUCGUCGAGCUGCGCCUCUUCGCCAACAGCCUCAACGGCACGCUGCCCGCCGACCUCGGCCGGAACACGCCGCUCGUCUGCCUCGACAUAUCCGACAACGCCAUCUCAGGCGAGAUCCCGCCCGGGAUCUGCGACCGCGGCGAGCUGGAGGAGCUGCUCAUGCUCGACAACAUGCUGUCCGGCCGUAUCCCCGACGCGCUCGGCCGCUGCCGGAGGCUGCGCCGGGUGCGCCUCUCCAACAACAGGCUCGCCGGGGACGUGCCCGACGCGGUCUGGGGCCUCCCGCACAUGUCCCUUCUCGAGCUCAACGAUAACCACCUCACCGGCCAGAUCUUCCCGGUCAUCGCCGGCGCGGCCAACCUGUCCAAGCUCGUGCUGUCCAACAACCGCCUGACCGGGGCCAUCCCGGCGGAAAUCGGAUCCCUCUCCAAGCUCUAUGAGCUCUCCGCCGGCGGCAACAUGCUGUCUGGCCCGCUCCCGUCCUCUCUCGGCGGCCUGGCGGAGCUCGGUCGCCUCGUGCUCCGCAACAACUCGCUCUCCGGCCAGCUGCUUCGAGGCAUCCAGUCAUGGAAGAAGCUCAGCGAGCUCAACCUCGCGGAAAACGGCUUCACCGGCUCCAUACCGCCGGAGCUUGGUGAUCUGCCCGUGCUCAACUACCUCGACCUCUCCGGCAACGAGCUCAGCGGCGAGGUCCCGGUGCAGCUGGAGAACCUGAAGCUCAACCAGUUCAAUGUGUCCAACAACCAGCUCCACGGCCCGCUGCCGCCGCAGUAUGCCACGGAGGCGUACCGCAGCAGCUUCUUGGGCAACCCUGAGCUGUGUGGGGAAAUUGCCGGGUUGUGUGGCGGCGAUUCACAGGGAAGGUCCAAGCACCAGUCUGGCUUGGCCUGGAUGAUGCGCUCCAUCUUCAUAUUUGCGGCUGCCAUUCUGGUCGCCGGAGUCGCGUGGUUCUACUGGCGGUACCGGACCUUCAACAGAUCGAAGCUGAGAGCCGACCGCUCGAAAUGGACAUUGACGUCCUUCCACAAACUUUCAUUCAGCGAGUAUGAGAUCCUGGAUUGCCUUGACGAGGACAAUGUCAUCGGCAGCGGGGCAUCUGGGAAGGUGUACAAGGCGGUGCUCAGCAACGGCGAGGUAGUCGCCGUGAAGAAGCUGUGGAGCGCGGCGGCGGCAAAGAAGAAUGGCGGUGGCGAGGGCUCAGGCUCAGCUGCGGACGACAGCUUCGAAGCCGAGGUGAGGACGCUGGGCAAGAUUCGGCACAAGAACAUUGUGAAGCUCUGGUGCUGCUGCGCCCACAAGGAGUGCAAGCUGCUGGUGUACGAGUACAUGCCCAACGGAAGCCUCGGGGACGUGCUGCACAGCAUUAAGGCGGGGUUGCUGGACUGGGGAACGCGGUACAAGAUCGCGCUGGAUGCAGCAGAGGGGCUGUCCUACCUUCACCAUGACUGCGUCCCGGCCAUCGUCCACAGGGACGUCAAGUCGAACAACAUCCUCCUGGAUGCGGAGCUGAGCGCCCGGGUGGCCGAUUUCGGGGUGGCCAAGGUGGUGGAGGCCAAGUCCAUGUCGGUGAUCGCCGGCUCCUGCGGCUACAUUGCGCCUGAGUAUGCGUACACGCUGCGCGUGAACGAGAAGAGCGACACUUACAGCUUCGGCGUGGUCCUCCUGGAGCUGGUGACCGGGAAGCCGCCGGUGGAUCCUGAGUUCGGGGAGAAGGACCUGGUGAAGUGGGUGCGCGGCACGCUGGAGCAGAAGCAGGGGGUGGAGCACGUCCUGGACAGCCGGCUGGACAUGAGGUUCAAGGAGGAGAUGGUGAGGGUGCUCCAGAUCGGGCUGCUGUGCGCGAGCUCGCUGCCGAUCAACCGCCCGGCGAUGCGGAGGGUGGUGAAGAUGCUGCAGGAAGUGCGGGCGGAGGGCGGCAGGCCGCGGGUGGACAAGGACGGGAAGCUGUCGCCGUACUACUACGAGGACGCCGAGGGUGGUGAGGUUCAUCAUGCCAGUUGAAAUUUGAGAGAAAGAAUUUCUUUUUUUUUCUCUCUCUCAUUCCGGAAGCAAAGCAAGCUGGGUGACUGGGUCCGGCCGGCAAUGGCGCCGGCGGCCGUAGUACCAAGGAAGUUGUUGGUACCAGUGGGGUUCGUUUGACGUUGGUGAUUCCUUGCGGUGGAUGCAUCGCGACGCCAACGCUGAUCGAUCGGAAUCUCAUCAAAUGUAAACAGUUGGUAGUCAUGACUGAUUGCUGGUAGCUGCUGAUCCUUGCCUGCAUCGAUCGGCUCGGAGACUGGCAGACAUGGGACACAUGUUGGUGGUUUCGGGAACUCGAGAUUCGUGUGGAUGGAUAGAGUAGUUCUCAAGUGAGUGAGCAUCGAGGAUUGGGGGCCUGCUUGGAUUGGUCCCAAAAUUUUGACUAGCCAAAUGAAAUUUUGACUAGCCAAAUGUUGGGCAAAAUAUUUGUCCAUAUUUUGGUAGAAAAAAUGUGAGAGGUGGGUAAAUUUUGACACAAAACCAAAUAGUGGUUAAAAUUUUGACUUGCCAACACUUUGGCAUGUCAAAAUUUUAGUAUCAAUCCAAGCAGGCCCUGGAUACUGGAUACGGAUGAAAUUGAAUAAGAAUUCAGAUCUGGAUAUCUUGUCGAUUUGAUUGA